UUACAUUUCAGGGGUUCCAUCACAUUUUACAAUGGCUCUAAUUAUGAUUAUGUGGUAGGAUAAAGUUUGCAGAGUUCACCCAAAAACUUGAGUGUUUUUGUAUCACUGUAGAAUACAUUUAUACACACGACAGAUGCACGACAAACAAGAUUUUCCAAAAACUGCAGUAGAUGUCAAAAGAACUUUUCUCUGACAUUUUAAUAAUGAGUGUUCAAAAUGAAAAGUUUAAUUCAUGCCUGGGGAAUCACCACUGUGUGUUUAACCUCGAAUAUUUUAGACUGAUGAAAAAAACAGAAUGAGAGCAGCAUAGCUAAUACUCAUUUAUUGCUCUUAAAAAAAAGACAGAGGUCAAACAAUCAACCAGUCACCCAACAUUGAUGAGGGCAGGCCCUCUCCUUACAAAUGCAACGUGUGUAACAGGGUUUGAUAAAUAGACAGUGUUAGGGAGGAAAGGCCUUGUGUAGAGCUUUAUUUGUUGUGAAAUGGAACAUGAACAAAAAUGGUUCACAAAGCCUUGAGCACUCAAGGAUACACAAAUAGACAGGCAUGUUCACAGUCUUUCAUAGCCCUCAGUCUAUUAACAUCCAGAAGAGAGCAUUUCCGGUACCUUGGAUGGAUGUCUCUGGCACAUUCUGUGUGAAACAGAGGAAAAUUUCUUGUUCUGAAUAUUCAGAGCCUGUUUGAUGAGAGAAACACGGCCCUUUCUUAACAAAUCUUCAGUUGAUAAACCACAAUCCAACGGCCAAGUGUGAUUUCCAAUCAUGUGGUUACCAACAACUGCUCCAUCCACCCUGAACUUUAGAACAGGUGCUCCAUCCAAAAACCACACAGACUGUCCUGAGAUUCAGGUUCCCAACGAGGUUUUUCUGGCCAUCGCCAUCAUCAGUCUAAGCGAGAACCUCUUGGUGGUAGUGGCUGUAAUCAAAAACAAGAACCUUCAUUCUCCCAUGUACUGCUUCAUCUGCAAUCUGGCUGUGUUCAACACUAUCAGCGGCCUCUCCAAAGGCUGGGAGAACAUCAUGCUGUUGUUUACAGAUGCCGGACACUUGGACUCCCGUGGCAUUACUGAGCGGAAAAUAGAUGACAUCAUGGACUCUCUACUCUGCAUGUGCUUCCUGGGCUCCAUCUACAGUAUCCUUGCCAUAGCCGUAGAUCGAUACAUCACCAUAUUCCACGCACUACGGUACCACACACUUAUGACCAUGCGUCGUGUGGUGGUUAUUUUGCUCAGCAUCUGGGUGUUGUGUGGCACCAGUGGAGCGCUCAUGAUCGGGUUCUUCAAUGCAUCCACUGUAAUGAUCUUCUUCAUUGUCCUCCUCUUCACAGCUCUACUUUUCAUCCUCUUGCUCUAUGUGCAUAUGUUCCUGUUAGCACGCCACCAUGCCAACAGGAUAGCAUCUAUGCCAGGUGCCACAAUGCGAAAUAGGACGACUGGUCUGAGAGGAGCGCUGACACUCACCAUGUUGAUCGGGGUGUUUGUGGCCUGCUGGGCUCCUUUCUGCCUUCACCUACUAAUUCUUCUGAUUUGUCCUCAGAACCCCUACUGUGAGUGCUAUCGCUCCCUCUUUCAGCUGCAUUUAGUGCUGCUGGUGAGUCAUGCAGUUAUUGAUCCAGCCAUCUAUGCCUUCCGUAGCGCAGAGCUACGGAACACUUUCAAGAAAAUAUUCUUGUGUUCGAGUUCAAGGAUCUGAAAAGAGUGUGUCUGAGUUAGAAGUUUGGUGUCUAAACAGUAAGUCCUUCAGACUACAAAGGGAUAAAAUACUAGCGCUUUUUAUGAGUUGAUGUAAAGUUCCCAUGACUAGGUUUAACCAAAGCAGUUUUUCUUUUUUCCUGUGUUUUUGAAUUUCCUACUGAAACAGGAAUUUGGAACAUGAUCAUGAUUUGCUACUCACUAUGGGCUACUUGAACUGAGCUUCAUUACGGACUUCCAUUUUGAAAUAAUGCAGUUCACUAGUUUCCUGUGAAAUGUAUUUACAAUGUGUCCUGGUGGUUGCCUAAUUUCCAAAACUCCACUUAAAAUGAGUGUUGGGAAGAUGAUUUUAAAGUCUGGACGUUUUCAGAGAGAGAGGAGAAAUAUUCUGAACAUCACUGUGUACUUCAAAAUUUUGUGGAAUCAAAAUUUGUAAAGCUAUAGCCCAAGCCGAUCUGAGAAAGCAAUGGCUGGUAAACACUUAAGCACAUUUCACCGUUUCUCCUCACACGGAUGUCUGAAGCAGACAUUUAACCUCAGAUCAGCUUGACCACAAAUCAAAGAAGGUUGAAGGAGAUUAAGAAAGGGUGUAAGUACCAGCGAUCUUUGAAUUAAACAACUACAUGUUUCAAACACUGCAAAGCUCUACAUUUGAGAGAGGAGAGAGAGACCUGAUGAACGCAUGCAUCACCCAUUUAUAUGUUUUUAUUAAAAGUAUGUUUUAUCUCUAUUUUGUAUCAUUGUUUCAUAGAUAAGUAUAUCGCUAUAUGUUGAAAUGUUAAUGCAUGAUUUUUGCAUAUACUGUACCAGAGACUAAAAAUGAAAUGUUUUUAAUUUCACUUAAUUCUGAGCAGAAACUGUAUUUUUUUGUUCCGGUUCCAAUGUUCCGCAGACUCCUUUUAAAAUGACAGUACUCUGUGCCAGGGACUAAAAAUGAAAAACAAAAAUGAAAAAAAAAGGGAAUGAGGGCUGACACAGUUUAAUCCAUAACAUGCACUUCUCUAGAUUUAUUUAGAGAUUUAAAAAAAAGAAAAAGAAAAAAAAAGAAAGAAAGAAAAACACUGCGGGUAUCCUCUCUGGGUAACUCGUGUCACUAUUACAAAUGACAACAAUGUGUUUUACAUUUUUUGGAUUAUUUUGAUAAAAUCCCGCUUAAAAGUACUCAAAUACACAUUACUCCCAUAGACUGUCAUUGGAAAAUAGCAAACGCGUGUCAGAGUAAUGGCGGCAGGGCAACAGUUGCUAAAACAGGAUUGGUCAGAAGCGCUUUAAGGCGCAGCUUAGCGAAGGGUCAAAUGAGACAGCCUAAAUACACUGUAAACCCUAAUGCUCAAAAUAAUUAAUUGAAAUUGCAUUUUUAAUAACGAUAAAAGCUGUUGUCACUUUGAAAUUUCAUACAAAUUUUUGGAUGUUGGAACCCAAAUAUAAAAAUAGAAUUACAGCUAUAACAAUUAUUUAAUAACUAUAUUAUAAAAAAAUAUAAUUAAAGUGCUACUAUAUCACAACUACUAUGCAAAAAAAUAACCAAAUUCCUGCAUAGAUGUGGGACGAGUCUAUUUGUUUAAUUCUUUAAUGUUUACAGUGAAGUUCUGAAGUUAAAAUAUUUCAUAAUGUAUGAUUGUGGCUUUAAAUGUUUAUGUAUACACACAUUUAUUCCACUUACUACAUUAGUACAUUUCAUUACAUGUUUGUUUUUAUGCACUUGUGUGAUUUGCAUGGAGUUUACAUUGAUAUGUACAGUAUAACAAGCACUAAAUUGAUACUGUCUCUUUAAGAGAACGGCUGAACCGAGAGCAAAUAUUUACAGUUGAAUGAGCAGCGCACAUUUACUAGAGGUAGAAAGAUUAACAAGAAAGAAGUAGCAAAUAAAUUAGUUCAAAUAAAUUAACCUUGAUGAGUAUUUAGAACUUUUUCUUCUGAGUUCACAAAACUUACACCUUUUAAGUAACCUGAAUUGUUUAAUGUUUUGAGUUUUAUGAACUCUUUAAAUUUACAGGAACUUAAAUUUAACUGAAACUGGGAAGGGGAUUUUUAUUUCCCAGCAUGCUUUACAUGGCAUUCGAUAGGGAGAGUAUAUCGAGAGUGUUAUAUAGUGUAUAUUUGUGCAAGAUGAAUGUAAAGGGAGAUACUUGUUAGUGUUUAAUGUUUUGUUGUGUUGUUUUGAAGAGUUUCUGUCACGUUAAAGUUUUUGUGGGGUUACCAUUAUAGUGAAUUGUGGAGCUUGAGGAUAGCUUGAGGACAGGAAGAGUAGUAGAUCAUUCUAUAGUAUAUUGAUAUACCUGUUGAACAAUUGCUGUGCUAAUCAAAGCAUGGUUUAUCCAAGCAGCAUGCAUUCAGCAUGCUAACAUUCACUGUAUUAGCUUGUUCUAGUUAGGUUCCCUCUACUUGAUGUAUUAAAUUUGACCCUACAUAGUGAUAUUGAGUUUAAUUUAAAGUUAAGUACCAUUAAAAUGCAUGAGCUUAUAGUUAUUCAAUAAAAAAAUCAACAUGCAUGAGUAGUACAAAAUCUGACAGUGCUGCUUACUUAAACUUGUAAUUUAUUAACUUAAAAUUUUUGAUGUAAUUGAUUACCUCAAUUUUGUUUAGUUCUGCUAACUUGUUCGGAUUUACAGUGUAGAUAGAAAAACUGUGGCAAGUUCUCCAAGAAGCUUGGAACAUCCCAUCUGCUAACAACCAAGAAAAAGUGUGUCCAGGUGUACCUAAAAGAAUUAUUAAAAAAUAAAAAAUAAAAAAACAUAUUCAUGGCAUUAUAUUUGAAAAUAUCCUCACUAUACAAAUUUUUUCACAAUUGCCUAAAACUUUCGCACAGUACUGUAGCUUCAUGUAAAAAGUAGUA